CAGUGUUUCAGUCUAUGUCUUACUAUAGAAUCGUUGUGACAUGAAUUUAAGAGAGCUUUAAUUAAAGAAAAUGAUGAUGAUUGUGAAACUUGGAAUUUUAAUUAUUUUAUUCGUUGGACAUGUGCAUUGUGAACAGAAUAAAGACGAAGUUGCUAGAGUGACACAAUUAAAUGAGAAUAAUUCGACAAUUAAGAACAUUUCGUACACAAACAAUGGAAAUUUUAUGUUUCCAAAUUCAAUGCAACAGCAACAACAAUAUCCCGCAUACGAGCAUCCUCAAAUGAUUGGUCAGUGCGGUGGAAUUUUUCGUAAUCUUCAAAAUCUAAUAGAAUCACCAAAGUUCAUAAGUGCACGUCCGAUAUGUAAUCUUAGAUGUGAGUAUCAGAUUAUCUCACCGUACAUCUGUGAAAAUGAGUUUCAUGUGCAAUUUUUGGAAUUCUCACUUGACGCGUCGCCCAAUUGUGAACGUGACAAAGUUAUAAUAAAUUAUUCGGACGUUUUAUGUGGAAAAGUGAUAGGUAUGAAGAAAUAUCGAACAGUUGGUGGCGUUCUUAACAUAACAUUCUCAUCUGGUGGUUGGGAUUCUGUUGGAAAUGGAUUUAAGCUAUUAAUUACUCGAUUGCCGUGUAUUGAUGAAUCAAAGGAUAUUCAAACAGAAAUGACAACAAUUAAAUUCGAACCAGAAAUGAUAACAUUAAGCGACGAUAUUGACGAUGAUGACUUGUAUAAUGUUAAUGCAUCUUAUACUGUUGCUGAUCCGCCUCAUGAAAAUCAACGCCCUAUCUAUGGUGUUCCGGCUGUAUACAAUAUUUCUAUGGACGUUGAAUUGAACAACAGACAAGACAUUCCUGUACUUCCUCUACCGCCUCCAUCCACAACACAAACACCUUUUUAUCCACCAUUGCCGCCAGUCACAUUACCACCACCUAUAUUACCGCAAUGCUGUAGAAAUGGAUAUAAUCAGCAAAGAUUUCUCAUGUUGAGUCAAGGAUUUCCAGCUCAUAGUGUUCUAUAUAAUGAUUGUAUUUACGUUAUACAUAAGAGUUCAUUAAAUGCGUGUCGAUUAAGAAUUCAUUUCAAGUAUUUCCUACUUGAUGAUGCUGCUCAACAGCAAGGACAAUUGGGAUGUAUGAAUAAUUUUAUUGAAAUUGAUGGUCAGAGGAUAUGCGGAUGUAAAACGAAUUUUGUAUAUGAGACACAGUGGGGAUUAGAACCAAAAGUAAUUCGACUUCGAACAACACCUGGAAGGUAUUCGCAGCCACAGGGAUUUAUCUUUGAAAUUGAACAAUUAGAUUGUCCAUUUAAAAUUCAAUUGGCACCAAGAAGACAGAAGAGAACCAUAAUAUUGAAAAAAUUACUAUUUCUUCCACAUCUAUUGAAAAAUCAUUUAAUUGGACAUCAGCCGGAUCCACAACAAGACUUUAUAGACCCGGAGGAAAGUUUUCGAGCGAAAUUCAACCAAGCUAAUCCACAAUACAUGACUAAUGUUUGCUCGUUGAACUAUUUGAAAUUGAUUCAAUUGAAAAUUGAAUCUUUUGGGAUUUUAAAGCACUUCUGUUUACCCUUGUAUUGAUUAUAUCAUCAGUAUUGGUAUUAAUUUACAAAAACAAAUAUUUGUAUUAAGGUCAAUAGUUACUAAAAGAAAUCACAUCUGAUUAAUUUAUUUCAUUUUUU